AUGUCGCAUCCAUGUAUCGGAGUGACGCUGCUGUCCUUGGCAUUGCUCCAGUCCUUUUCAUGCGUCACGAGCUUUUCCGAUGGGGAGGAGAUCUCAGGCUGCGCUUUGGUUCAGCGCAAGGCUGAGGCUUUACCUCCGCGAUCUCCGAAUGCCGACACAGACGCAGAGCCUGUGAUCUUGACGAGGCUAGAGAGCAACGUCGAGGAGGCAGGUCAUGCAGCAGACGCAGUCUCCGCGGAUGCCUUAUCACUAGUGAACGAGCUCUCCAAGCUGCAGGCUUCAUUGAAGAAGUCACAGGUGACAGAAGCUGUUUCUAAGCCGCUGCAACAUGAUUUACUGGAAACGCUGGAAGCCGCGCACGCGAUGUUGACGCUGCCCGUGCCUGCUGCCUCUGCCACUCCGGCACAGAGCAAUUUGGAAUCGUUGCUAUCGAUGGGAGCUUUGGACGAGUCUAUUUCACAGGAUUUGGGUGGGAACCAGACCACUGCCACGACAUCCACGAAGAAAACUUGGCAAGACACUGCCUCCUUGGUUUUAUGCUUUGGUGGCCUGUUUCAGCCACAGACCGGCGUCAUUGUUUGGGCUGGCACGUCAAUCUUUCUGGCAUGCACAUUGCUACUCGUGUCUGCCAAGAGAGCCUUGACCUCGACACCAGCAGAGGAAGAAGCAGUAGCAGAUUAA